AUGGCUGCUGACCACUACGACACUUCACAUAUGACUAAUUUGCCUCCGAAUUGUCCCUACGAAGAGAUUACUUGUGGCUCUUUGGAGGAGCGGUUGUGCACGCCAGAGAAAAGAAAAAUCCUUGUUAAUUUCUUGUUGAAUGAGAUUAAAGCAGCCCGUCUCUUUGCUAAAGAUGCACUGAAUCAGCCUGUUUCUGAAAGCGGAGACAAGGAAUUAACACCAUAUCUCAUUUCGGCUCUCAAUGCUGUUAAUGUUCCGAAGCCUAGUGGUAGCGUAGCACCGUUGGAGAUAAUCUCGCUGCUGCACAAAGCGGUAGGUCUUCAAAGGAUAAUUCUAAUUUGCUAAAA